AUGGGUGUUUCUACAAAAUGGCUUCCUGCAUUGCUUCUUCUUCUCAGCAUUCUCUUCCAUUUGAGUGCAAUUACCUUUGGAGAUUUCGAAGAAGAGAGUAGGUUUGGCGGGCCUGUUGGCAGGCGGUUUGGCGGUGGCCGGGGCGGUGGUCUAGGGGGAGGGUUUGGCGCCGGGGGUGGUGCGGGUGGUGGUGUGGGUGGUGGAGCUGGUGGGGGCGGUGGCUUUGGUGGCGGUGGAGGGGGUGGUGUUGGUGGUGGUGCUGGUCAUGGAGGUGGGUUCGGAGCGGGAGGUGGUGUAGGAGGCGGUGCAGGUGGUGGUGUUGGAGGGGGUGGUGGUUUCGGGGGAGGUGGCGGUGGCGGAUUGGGUGGUGGGUCCGGUCAUGGUGGAGGGUUUGGAGCGGGUGGUGGUGUAGGUGGCGGUGCUGGCGGUGGAAUUGGUGGUGGAGGUGGUGCUGGUGGCGGUGGAGGUGGUGGCAUUGGAGGUGGGUCCGGUCAUGGUGGUGGGUUCGGAGCGGGUGGUGGCCUAGGAGGGGGUGCAGGUGGUGGUGUUGGAGGGGGCGGUGGUUUCGGUGGUGGUGGUGGCGGAGGAGCUGGUGGAGGCGGUGGCAUUGGAGGUGGGUCCGGGCAUGGUGGUGGAUUCGGAGUGGGUGGUGGCGUAGGAGGGGGUGCGGGUGGUGGUGUUGGAGGGGGCGGUGGUUUUGGUGGUGGUGGUGGCGGAGGAGCUGGUGGAGGGUCUGGACACGGCGGAGGAUUUGGUGCCGGUGGUGGCGUAGGAGGUGGUGCAGGUGGUGGUGUUGGCGGCAGUGGAGGCUUUGGAGGGGGUGGAGGUGGUGGUGCAGGUGGAGGUGGCGGCCGUUAA